AUGAUUAGACUGCUUCCACUGUUGCUCAGCGCUUCGAGCGCUGUAGCGCAGAACCAGGCAGACAACCAGAAUUCCAAUGCGGUCCAGCAGGGAACCGACGCCGCGGCGAGCGCCGGCAAUGCGGCCACCUCGGCUGCCGGCGCCCAGGCUUCCAGCGCCGAGGCCCAGGCGGCCAGCGCCACUUCGAAUGCUCAAGAUGCGCAGCAGACCGCCUCCGCUGCUUCCGCGACAGCCUCUUCGGCCGAACAGAGCGCCUCUGUCCAGUCACAGGAUGCGCAGGCUUCCGGAGCCAGCCUCUCCUCCCAGGAGUCCGCUGUCAUGAGCUCCGCUGCCUCUCAAGCGACCGAAUCGGCUCAGGCCAGCGCCACCCCGACCGGCAACCAGGCACAACCGACCGAGGGAGGCAAUGGCGGAGUCGUCGGUGGUGGUGCCGGUGCUAGCUCCGCCUCCGCCAGCUCCGCAGCCUCCGGCGCCAUGCAAUCCCUCAGCUCGGCUUCCCAGAGUGUCGGGAGUGCCUCCGCUUCGGCGAGCUCCGCUGCCUCUGGUGCCGCACAGUCUCUCAGCUCUGCAUCGGCCAGCGCCGCGGGCCAGACUCCGUCUGCCUCUGCCACGGGUGGAGGUGGUGGAGGCGGCGUCGUCGGUGGAGGCACCGGAGGCGGCAGCGGCGGUGGUAGCAACAGCAACAACACCAACCCUUACGUCCCCGCCGUGCCCCAGGUCGACGACCCCAACAAGGUUAUUCCUGGCCAGGACAACCCGCCCGACAAGCAGUGGUGGUGCGCCGACGGUCAAAAUGUCACCUACUGUGCCGACAAGCUUCUGCAGGACGUGCAGCUCAGCGGGAUCUUCCCCGAUUCCAAGAUCUUCGUCGACAAGCCGACCAAGGGCUCCGCUCAGCAGAUCUUCAACGACUUUUACAACCUGGGCAACGACCCUAGCCAGCAACAGAACCAAGGCCAGCAGCAAGGCCAGGCUCCGCCGCCCCAAUCCUCAUCCGGCGGCAACGACCAGGGCCAGAGGCGGAAGCGCCAGCAGCAGCAGCAGGGCCAGACUCAGCAGCAGGGCCAGACUCAGCAGCAGGGUCAGACUCAGCAGCAAGGCCAGACCCAGUCGCAGAACCAGACCCAGCCGCAGAACCAGACCCAACCGCAGGACACAACUGGCCCCGGCUCUGUUGCCAACAACAAUCUGAAGGUCGGACAGAUCGCCAACUUUGUCAAGUCCAACUUCGGCCCCGAAGGCGUCGAGUUCGAGCCGGCGGACCUUGAAGACUUCGAGGAAAACCCCGAUUCGUUUAACAACAUCAAGGAACCCGUGUACAAGGGCUUCGCGAAGGUUGUCAAUGAGCAUUGGAAAGACCUUGCGAUGAAGCAUAACGAGUCAAACCAGUGCGGCGACGGCAACGACAAUGACGACUGCUCGAGCUCGCUUGUUCCUCUCAACAACACCGUCAUUGUCCCUGGCGACAGGUACCGUGAGGCGUACUACUGGGACAGCUACUGGAUCCAGCAGGGCCUCGUCCGCUCCGGCCUUCACGAAACCGCAAAGGACCAGAUCGAGAACAUGAUGGAGGAGAUUGAGAAGUUCGGCUUCAUCCCCAACGGUGGCAGGAAGUACUACCUGAACCGCUCUCAGCCCCCCGUCUUCACUCAGAUGGUCGCCGACUACGUCCGCGACACCGGCGACAAGGAGAUCCUCGGCCGUGCCCUUCCCCUCAUCGAGCAGGAGCUCGACUGGUGGCAGAAGUGGCGCACGAUCCAGGUCACUUCGCCCUGGACAAACAAGAGCCACACAGUCGCGCACUACAGUGCGCCUAACAACGCUCCCCGCCCCGAGGCGUAUAUUCCCGACUACGAACUGGUGGAGGGCAACCGCAACCUGAACAAGAGCGCCAAGAAUGAGCUCUACGCUGAGCUCACCUCUGGCUCCGAGUCCGGUGUUGACUUCUCGUCCCGCUGGCUCAUGCACCCCAAGACUCUGAACGACACCCUCGGUAUGGGUGGUGCCAACAGCACCACCGGUGGCGGUGCGGCUGCCAACAACACGGCUGCCAGAAUGAACGCCACCAUGGCCAAGGUCGAAGACCAGCUCCAGUCGCUCAACGUCCGCGCCAUCGUCCCUGUCGACCUCAACGCGCUUCUCGCCGGAGACCACAGGCUUGUUGCCGAGCUCUACAGGCAGUACGACCAGCACCUGUCCCAGAACAGUACCGGUAACGGCAACGACAACAACGAAGGCGAAAACUCUGGUGACAACGGCGAUCAGUCCGGUGGUGGUGGUGCUGUUGGUGGUGGAAACACUGGCGAUCAGGGCCAGCAGGGCGGCGACCAGAGUGGUGGAGACAACUCUGGCGACAACUCUGGUGACCAGGGCUCUGCCACUCCUUCUGCUACUCCCUCUGGUACUGAGUCCUCCGGCGCUCAGCCCUCUGGCACCGAGUCUUCUGGCACUCAGCCUUCCGCCGCCCAGACCUCUGGUGACAACUCUGGUGCCGAAGGUGACCAGUCCGACCAGAACUCUGGCUCUCAGUCGUCCGACGCUCAGCAGCCCUCUGCCUCUGCCACUCCUUCUGGUGCUCAGCCCUCCGAGGCUCAGUCCUCCGGUGCUCAGCCCUCCGAAGCUCAACCUUCUGGUGCUCAGCCCUCCGGUGACAACUCUGGUGCCCAGGGUGACCAGUCUGACCAGAAUUCUGGUUCUCAACCCUCGGGCUCCCAGUCCGCUGCCCCUCAGCCGUCUGCCUCGCAGGCUGGUGGUGACAACAGCAACGACGGCAACAACGACCAGAACCAAGGCGACAACUCUGGCGCUCAAGGCGACCAGAACGACCAGAACUCGGGCAACCAGGGAGGUGGUGGCCAGCGCCGCAGCUGGCUUGCACGCCGCUUCGACCGCUUCUACCGCAUCUUCAGCCGCCAGAACGACGGCGCUCAGGGUGACGGCAACGACGGUAAUGACCAAAACAGCGGUGCCCAGGGUGAUGGCAACGAUCAGCAGCAACAGGGUGGUGACCAGCAGCAGCAGGGCGGUGACCAGCAGCAGCAGGGUGGCGACCAGCAGCAGCAGGGUGGCGACCAGCAGCAGCAGGGUGGCCAGAUCUUCGGUCCUUCGGACUCUCAGCAGGACGACCUCAGCAAGGUCAAGAACGAGACAAUCCGCGGCAAGGUCGAGUACCACCAGCAGCUGGCUCAGAACUACACUCAGGCUGUCCUCGACCUCAACUGGGACGAGAGCAAGGCUUUCUUCUACGACUUCAACACGACCUCGAACAACCGCUCCUCCGCCUUUACUCCUGCCGGCUACUUCCCUCUGUGGCAGAACAUCACGCCUUCGUCCAUGAACGAGACCACUGCCCAGAAGAUUGCCUCAGGUACUUUCCACGUCCUCAACAGGUACCCCGGUGCGCCCAUCCCCGCCUCGCUCGUUGAGACCGGUCUCCGCUGGGACUUCCCCAACGUUCACCCGCCUCACGUUUGGGCUGCUAUCCAGGCCUUUGAGAACCUCGCCAAGCGCUACCCUAACGCUGGUGUCGCCGGCCCGAACAUGACCGAGAUUGUCUUCGGUCAGGUUGCCCCCGGUCAACUCGGCAUUCUCGAGGCCAGACUCCCCGCUGUCCCUGCUCAGAACAGCACGGCCUCCAACAGUUCCUCUUCGACCAACAGUUCAUCGUCGACCAACAGCUCGUCCACGGCUCAACUUCCUUGGCCCAAGGCCCUUGCCGCCGACAUUGCUGAGCGCUACCUCCAGGCUUCCUUCUGCGCAUGGUACCACACUGGUGGCAAGAUCGCUGGCGUUCUCGACCAGCUGCCCAUGACGCAGCUGAACAAGACUGGAGAGUACAAGGGCGCGAACGGCACCGUUCCCGCUAGCCUGAACGCUACCGGUGCCGAGUCCUCGGACCCUGUCGGACGCUGGGCUGACGCCGGCUCCGCGUGGGCCAACGGCGUCAUCAUCUGGGCUGUGACCGAGUAUGGUGACCACCUCAAGCGCCCCGUGUGCCCCGGUAUCGAGAUCAAGUGGGUCCAGCAGAACGGCACCAACAGCCAGAACGGCACCAACACCGGCGGUCAGGGUCAAAACCAGGGCCAGCAAGGCGGAAACAACAGCGGCGGCGGCGUCGUGGGCGGCGGUAACACUGGCGGCAGCGGCCAGAGCCAGUCGGCCACGCCUAGCGCUACGCCCAGCACUCCUCAGGAGCAGGCUUCCUCGGCUGCAACCUCUGCUGAGCAGCAGGCGACUUCGGCUUCGCAGUCCGCCUCGUCUGUCCAGAACAGCGCCGCCAGCGAGGCGUCUUCCGCGACCUCGGCGGCUACUUCUGCCGUACAGGAAGCCACCUCGGCUGCCACGUCUGCUUCCUCUGCCGUCCAGUCCCAGAACCAGGCUCAGUCCGCGACCUCCGCUGCCAGCUCGAUCGUUCAGUCCGCCACCUCUGCCGCUGCCGCCCAGUCGUCCACCGGCAACGCUGGCAACAAUGACCAGAACCAGGGCGGCAACUCUGGUGCCCAGGGUGACCAGAAUGACCAGAACUCUGGCAAUCAGGACCAGGGCAACAACAACCAGGGCGGUGGUGGCCAGGGCGGCGACAACACCGGCGCUCAGGGCGACCAGAACGACCAGAACAGCGGCGGCGGCGGCGGCCAGUAG